AUGCUGCCUUACCUGUUCCCUGAGCUGUCCACCUUUGCUACAGUCGCCGAUCUUAUCACCCACCUUCGCACUAGUGAUGCUCGCCUGCGUGCCGCCCUUCCCACCGAGUUCUGCGCUAAGAAUCCCCCUCCACUGUACUGGACACUCCACUUCAUAGUCACCCGUCUCCCUGACACCCUCAGCUCAGUUCGAGACCACUUCCUUGCUCGCUGUCCCACUGAGCUCACAGUCGCCCUCCUAGAGGAGCAGCUGCUAGCGGCCGAGAAGAGCAUUGUAGCUGUCGGUGCUGCUCGUGGCGCUCCUCGCACCCCCAUCUUUGAGGGGUGUUCUCCCUCUCCCCUCGCUCCCUCCUACGCUACUGCUGCUGCUGUUGACUUCCUUGGUGCUGAGUCUGCUGGCGCUGCUUCUGCUCCUGGUGGGAGGCGCCGCACCGGCAAGGGCAAGGGGGGCAAGGGUGGCGGGGGUGGCGCUGGGGGGGGAGGAGGUGGGGGAGGUGGGGGGGGAGGCGGUGCUGGAGGGAGCGGUGGCGGGAGCGCUGGUGGGAGUGGGGUCGGCAGUGGAGGCGGGGGCGGCGGAGGGAGCAGUGGCGGUGGUGGCGGCGGCGGCGGUGGCGGCGGUGGCGGUGGCGGUGGUGGCGGUGGCGGUCGGAGCGGAGGUAGUGGUGGCGGCGGAGGUCGGAGUGGAGGCACUGGCUCGGGCCAGAGCUCCCAGCAGCAGCAGCGUCCCCAGACGACCCAGCAGCUUCGUGAGUGGCUUGCUCAGCGUGGGACGUCGGGGGGCAGUGUCCGCUGUUCCUAUGUCAUUCGCACAGGUGACCGCAAGGGACAGACGUGUGGGAAGUUCCACACCCCGUACCGCUGCUUCUCCCGCCUUGACGACGCUUGGCGUGAGGAGAUGGGCGAGGAUGUUGAGCGCCCCCGCUGGGCGGAGCUGAUGAGGGCUGGUGUUGAUAUCUUUGCUCUUGACUAUGAUGCUAUUAUUGCUGCCAUGUAUGCAUUGACUGUUAGUGCCGAGGGAGACUGUUACUUGUGUGUGCCGCCUGACCCAGGUAUAGAGCCCGCUGCCCUAGGUACUAGUGAGUCUGCUCUCUCUGGUAUGGUGCCCCCUGUACCUGCUCCCUCCAGCACUGUCCCUGCUGCUUGCGAGUCUGCUCUCUCAGGUACAGCACCCACAGAGACUGCUCUCUCAGGUACCGCACCGGCUGAGGCCUGUCACACCUUCACCCUUGACUUAGGUGCUUCCCGCUGUUUCUUUCGUGACCGUACUGAGCUCACACCGCUUCCUGCACCGGUCCCAGUCUCCUUGGCUGACCCCUCUGGGGGCCCAGUCCUUGCACGGUCCACCACUGUGCUCCCGUGUCCAGCGGUUCCGUCUGGCUCGUUGUCGGGUUUCCACCUCCCCUCGUUCUCGACGAACCUGGUGAGCAACGCUGUCAUCCAGGAUCAGUGGGUUGACACCUUUACCCCUGGAGGACAGCGUGUGGCGAUCCUCACGUGCUCCAGGACCGGCCGUCACCUGGCUACGUUUACCCGUCGGCCGGGGUCGAGUCUCUACACACUGACCACUGCGUCUCCUCAGGUCGCUGCUGUCGGUCAGGUGUCCGCGUCAGGUCUGGUAGCCCACGCCUGUGAGUGUCGUUCCCUGUCGCACCAGACUCUUCUCUGGCACCACCGCCUGGGUCACCCCUCCUUGCCACGCCUCCGUGGCAUGCACCCUCGCCAACUUGUGUCUGGUCUUCCCAGGUCCCUCCCUCCCCUCCCUGCCUCGCCUGCGCCGCCUUGCCUUCCUUGCGUCGAGGGGCGGCAGCGCGCCGCUCCUCACUCCUCCUCGUUUCCCCCGACAGAGGCUCCUCUGCAGACCCUCCACCUGGACGUGUGGGGCCCAGCCCGCGUUCGUGGUCAGGGCGGUGAGCGGUACUUUUUGCUGGUUGUCGACGACUACUCGCGUUACACCACGGUCUUCCCCUUGCGCACCAAGGGUGAGGUCCCUGCUGUUCUGAUCCCUUGGAUCCGCACAGUUCGUCUCCAGCUCCGCCGCCGUUUCCGGACGGAUCUUCCUGUCCUGCGUCUGCACUCUGACAGAGGUGGUGAGUUUUCCUCCGACCUCUUGAGGGCCUUCUGUCAGGCGGAGGGCAUCGAGCAGACCUUCACGCUUCCGGACUCCCCACAGCAGAAUGGGGUUGCUGAGCGCCGCAUUGGCCUGGUCAUGGAGGUCGCUCGUACCUCCUUGGUCCACGCGGCGGCUCCCCAUUUUCUGUGGCCGUUUGCUGUCCGGUACGCCGCGCAUCAGCUCAACCUCUGGCCCCGUGUCUCCUUGCCGGAGACCUCGCCCACACUGCGUUGGACGGGGGAGGUUGGCGAUGCGUCGCGCUUCCGGGUGUGGGGUGCUCGUGCCCUUGUCCGCGAUACGUCCGCGGACAAGCUCUCCUCCCGCACGCUUCCCUGUGUCUUCCUUGGCUUUGUCCCUGACGCGCUUGGCUGGCAGUUUUACCACCCCACCUCGCGCCGGGUCUUCGCCUCUCAGGACGUCACCUUUGACGAGUCGGUCCCUUUUUACCGUCUCUUCCCCUACCGCACUGCCCCCCUCCCUCCCCCGCCGCUUUUCCUUGCUCCUGGUCCCCCUCCGGUAGACCCCCUUCCCCCUCAGGGUCCUGCUCCUUCAGGUGUCUCUCAGGUAGACCCUCCUCCUGUCGCUGAGCCUGUCGAGGUCACAGGUGACUCAGGUGCUGCUGCAGGUGGUGCUGCUGGGAGUGCUGAGCCUGGGGGUGCUGAGCCUGCGGGUGCUGGGCCUGGGAGUGCUGGGGCUGCGGGUGCUGGGACUGCGGGUGCUGGAGCUGAGGGUACUGAGCCUGGGGGUGCUGCGCCUGAGGGUACUGAGACUGGGGGUGCUGCUACUGAGCCUGGGAUUCCUGCGUCUGGGGGUGCUCCGGUUCGGGGUGCUGAGCAGUCUCUCACACCGCAGCAGCUUCGUGACUGGUACGUCCGGCGCUUUCGCCGUUCUCGUGGCUCUGCUGGAGUUGGGGGUGCUGGAGCUGCUCGUCCUGGAGGUGCUCGUACUGGGGGUACUGGAGCUGCCGGGACUGGUUGUUCUGGGAGCACUGAGACUGGAGCUGCUGGAGCUGGGGACUCUGGAGCUGGCGGUGCUAGCGGAGUUGGAGCUGCCGGCUCGUCCGGUGCUCUUCCUGGCGGUACUGGAGCUGCUGGAGCUGACGACACUGGAGCUGACGGUUCUGGACACGGUGGUCCUACUAGUUCUGGAGGUGCUGGCGAGGGGAGGUCUGACGCUGCUGGGGCCUCUGGUGCUGACGUCGCCGACUCGGGGGGUGCUGCGGCGGAGGGUACUAGUCCUGGUGCUUCUGGUGCUGCGGGUGCUGGAGGUGCUGGCGGGGGCUCCGCCGUCGCGCCUCCUGGCUCCCCCCUCCCUGCUCCUGUGCCUUACACUGCACAGCCGGACUCGCUUGCGGAGCGUCGUGAGCCUGCGUCUCGUCCUGCCUCGCCUGUUCGCGCUGCUCGCACUGGUCCCACUGGCCGUCGUGUCGCGCGUCCGCGUCCUCCUCCUGUUCCUGGCACGCACAUUAUGGCACUUCGUCCUUCCACUGGUCCACAGCGUGUCCCCCUACCGUCUCCUCCUGCGUCUUCUCUUCCUGACGUUCCCGACCCUGAGUCUGACAGUGUUCGUGCUGCCCACCCUACUGUUACGCGUCUUCUCGCCACUGUUGUCACUGACCCGUCGUUUGAGUCUUCUGCUGCGUCUGCCCUGGUCGCUGAGCUUGUCGACUUUGCUGCUGCCUGUCGCCUAGACUACGCCGCCGGUCUUGUUGCUGAGUCUGAGUCUGUCUGUCCUCCGUCCGUCGGGGGUGAGUGUGCUCUUGGCACGGACGUCCUUGAGGACAGGCAGGAGGACUUUGACUCUCUUGCGGCUGCUGUACCUCAUCUCGUGGCCUGGUUGCUUGCCCUUGAGGGAGACCCGGAUGCACUAGACAUCCCCACUCCGCGCACUUAG